UUGGAAUUCUGGAGAACAUUUCCUUCCAAGACUUUGGAGUCUGCACUUUGCAACAUGAAACGAAGGUCAUGGACAUUUCGAUUUUUUUUUGGAUAAAGUUCUUAUUUUUUUCAGAGCUGGGAAUUGUUCAUGAAGUACUGUGCGUAUGUAAAUCGAAUCGGAGCAGCGAGUGACAAAGAGGUUCUCUUAAUACUCAUUCAUGGCGCUUUUGGAGUCCAACCUUGAUGGUGACACUUUCGACCUUUUGAACCAAUUCGAGCGCAUAUUAGACUCUGAUCCUGACAUAAAUGAAGUGGGAUUUGUGCACCCAACCCAACUUGUGGCUUUGAAUGGUGACGUUGAUGAGGGUUCAGCCAAGUCAGUCCUUAGUGGGACAAAGUCAGAGGAUGGAACAUUGAGUGAAUUUAUGCGUAGCGAUAGGUUACAAUAUAAUGAGAAUGUCUUUUGGAAUAGAGAUCAUAAAUUGGCAAUAUCUCUUGCAGCUUUACUUCCCUUAUACAAAGCUGCAAUGCAUUCAUAUACAGUCUCUAGUGAAAGAUAUACCAAAGCAAUCGAGCUGACUGAAAAGAGUGGUGCUUCACCAAAUGGAGCUACUAAUAAAUAUGUGGAAUCAGGAAGUGGUAACAGUGACAUUUUGGAUUUGUGCUUUGUGGAGAAUGAGGUUAUGAGGCACAGCAGGGCAGUUUUAAUGCUAAAUUGUGACUUUGAGAGUGCAUGGAAUUCCAGGAAGCUGGUAGUUUCAAGUAAGCAGAGUAUUUCAUUCUUUCUAGCUGAACUCCAGUUAUCAGCACUUAUUCUUUCUUAUGCACCAAAAAGUGAGAAAGCAUGGAUUCAUAGGAGGUGGGUGAUAACAAUGAUUUCAAGAAAAUUUCCAGUUCUUCAAGAGAUUUUGGAAAGAGAAUCUGAGCUUGUGGAACGAAUUGCUGAGAAAUCCAAAAUGAACUAUCGUGCGUGGCAUCACCGCUGUUGGCUUGUUUCCUACUUAACAAGAAGUCAGGUGGGAAGUGAACUAGAUAGAACCAGAAGAUGGGCCGAAUUACAUGUUGCAGAUAACUGCUGCUUCCACUAUCGCAGACGGUUGUUCCUUAGCUUGUUAGAGACCAAGAAAUGUGCUCCACAUGACCCUAAGGCGCAGCUUGAACUGGAUAUGGCUUGGAAGGAGGAGCUGAAAUGGAAUCAAUCCUUGAUAUGCCGCUACAUCGGGAGAGAGUCCCUUUGGGUUCAUCGUCGAUUCCUUUCUCAUGGUUGGAUAAAUCAUAUUGCAUGUGCAUCUAGUUCAAGUUUAGGAGACUCUGAUAAGAGGAAUCCAGAGAUUAUGAUGUUUUUGGAUGGCGAGUUGGAGCUCCUCCAUUCGUGUUCGAAAUUUUCAGACAGGGAAUUUGAUGAUGAACAUGUUCAGGCAGCGCUUGCAGCAUCCUACAUAUUGUGGAUUUCGAGGAGGAUUCCUCAACUUUAUGUGAGUGUGCUUCUAAGCAAGUUUAGAGAAGGGGAAGGAAGAGAUGUGAAGGCCAUGCUUCUUGAGGCUUGCCCAGAGAAGUCCUUGCUAUGGGAGGGGCUAUACGCCUAUCUUUCCUACAAAUGACUGAAGAGUUCAAAGCAUUUGAAUUCCGUCAUAGCUGAAAUGCUUCCAUGGUUCUGCAGGAGCAAAAUGUACAUCUUUAGGACCACAAAUUUUGCGGAUCUGAGUCAUCUGACCCAUUGGCAUCCAUGGAAAGGCAAGCAUGGCAAUUUACUAUAUAUAUAUAUAUUUAUAUUUAGUUUUUAAUUUUUUGGAGGGACCAUCUCAACCUAAAUAGUUGGGAAAAAGCUUGAAUGAUGAUGUUAAAUAUGAAGGAACUGGAAAGUUAGAGAUAUCCCAAAUUGAGCUGAUUGAGCAGUUUGGAUGUCCAAUGUCGAACCAUGGUUUCACUAAAAGACCUACAUACAAUGAGGUUAGUCUAGACAUGCAGUGCAAGAAUUGCUCCUAGUUAUCAUUUUAUGGCGGGUUAGAUAUUGAAUAUCCGAACCUUUUUUUGGGCAAAAAAAAGGAAAAGAAAAGGAUACGUGUGGGUUGUUUGGCCAGCACAUAUCCGAACCGGCCACACCUGUUAUUUUCUUGAGUUAAAAAUGCUACCAACAUUGGAUGUCUAAAUUGCCUAAAUACAAAAAAAUAAAUAAAUAAAAGUGGUUCAGACAUCGAAUGUUUAAACUCCCUUUCUAACUCAAGAAGAAAAAAUGAAAUUGGUAAGAAUAAUGGAUAUAUGAAUUGAUGUAAAAUGAAGAUUUAAAAAAAGAAAAAAAAGAAAAAAAAGAAAA